UACUGUCUUACAGAACAGGAUGGGUUUUUAGUCAAACCAUUCUAGUAUAGCUCUUCUUUAAACGAUGGAACAAACUUCAAUUGAAACCCCUCAAAGCACAUUCUGUUGCCAGCUAUGUGGUUUAAGCUCCCUUUUUACUUACUACGGCCAGAAACCACCCAACACCAGAGCCAUUGUGUUGCUGGAGGAAUGUUUCGUAGCUAAAGACCCCUUCAGUCCAGAAAAGGAGAAGUUUCUGGUGUUGGGAUCCACAUGCAGCUUGUGCAACAUCUGUGUCUGUGUUGGACCGGACUGCAGCCUUUUCUACACAAAGAGGUUUUGCAUGAAGUGUGUAAACAGGCACCUGGACCACUUUCCUCAGCAGAUCCAGGCUGAACUGGCUAAGAAGAAACAGAGUUCUAAUCCAAGUGUCUCAUGACAAACAGGGUCCUCAAAAAAAUAAAAAUAAAUAAAUAGUCGUGAGUGGAACAAAAUGUUCAGUCCUAGAGGAACUGAAGCUGAAUGCAUUCGUUAAAGGACACUAAUCUAGGUUGCUGCGGUAUUCUGCUCCUUGAUAUUUGUUUAUUGUGAAGAUAUUCAGGGCUGGGUAGUGUGAUAACACCUUCAGUGCUGUUGCUACCAUGAAAAUGCUUCAUGCAGCUGGUUCAUAUGUUUGGGACCAAGUAGCUGGAAAAAAACAGAUUUUCUACCUUUUUAAAUAAUUCACACCCUUUAAACUUUUUCACAUCUAAUCUAGACAAAAAAAAAACCUGAUUAAUUCAAAUUUAGAUUCUGUUUGAUAAAUUAAAACUAAACACAUUAUUGCGUCAUAAAACGAUGCAUUUUCUUUUGAAAUUAAUGAUGGAAAGGUGAAACAUGCUUUUGUAUUUCAGCCCACUUUAAGCUGAUACCUCAAAAUAAAAUUCCAGUCCAACAGGCACCUUUAGAGAUCACCUAGCUGGCAAGUGCUCCUACAAAGAUACCCCUUGUACAUUUUACCCAGAAUGCAUCCUGCUGUCAGGAUGCAUCGCUAGUGAUAGAGGAUUUAUAAGAAUGUGGAAAAAAUACAAAGUUCUUUUACACCAA